AGGCAAUUGUUCCAAAUUGAAAAUUAAAGUAAAAUCAAUAAAAUAUUUUAUUUUACUAAUGUUUUGAUGAAGAAAACAGUUUCUUUACCAGUUAUCCAAACUAUCGAAUACACGUCCGACAGACCCAUAACCGCAAAAAAUUUUUCCCAGUAUAGCUAGAGCGCAAAGUUUCUUCUGCACAUGUUUUUUUGCCUAAGUAAUUUCGCUUUUUCCAUAUCAAAGAGAUAUUUGGAAUGGUGAUGUUUCAGAUGGAGGCUGUCCAGUGGUGGCUAUCCGAGGGACGAAUUGUACAAAAAUAUAUUAUCCAGGGUCGAAGGGGAAUUGUACUAGAACCGUACUUUAUAAACGGUUUUGAUUGAAACAUAUAAACAGAUGCAUGAUCUCACCAGAUGUAGGAUAAUGUGCGCUUCCGAGACAAACAGUAAAAUAAAGUAACCACAAAAUAUGAGCUCGUGUAUCGGAACUUUGCAAUGGUAAACUGUUUUAACCUUUUAUUGACAUUUUCAAUUUAAUUGCGAGUUCAUUAACCUCAACUUAUAUCAUAAUCAUAAAGAAAAUCUAACCUUGCGAAUUAUGUAAAGACUAAACAUGCGGCUGUCAGAUUUAAACCUUGCAGGAAAAAAAAAACAUGCAUAGACAUAACAGAGCAAAAAUAAAAAGCCGUAAUGGAGUGUGUUUAAAAGAAACAAAUUUGUUUUAAUCAUGUGAUUUUCUGUGUGUGGGCUAUAUUUCCAAUACCGCUUUAUAAAAAUGACAGAAGACAUAUAUGUAAAUUGUACGUAAAUUCCCUCAACUUGAUAAAAUCAGCUUCGUGACUGUCCGAACAUAAAGUAAAUCCAAGAGACGUUUACGGACGUGGAUAACAGCACCGCCCAUUCAUUAACUAGCAUAAUCUAUUGGCUAAUUAACCUAUGACAUCAUUGGAUUAUAAUUCCCUGUUUUUAAAAGUAAUUGCACAUAAGUUACAUGCAGAAUUUUACAUAUUUAUUUAGUUGAUAAAACAUGCAGACAAUAAAGAGAAGUUUAAAGCUUAUAGUAUUAUUGAGUUUGUUGUUGGUUUUCGCGUUGUACGUAAAAUGUAUAUUAUCGAGCUCGUGGCGCGGAAAUAAUAAAAUUCGUACAGGUAUAAUCAGUGGUAAAUCUAAAUCUAUUGAGAUACAUCACGGAUUAUGGUACAUUUGUGUGCACCCAGACGGUCAGUGUGUAGGCUUGAAAGCUGCAGAGUUGAAGGAAGAGAAAGAGGAAUAUGAAAUAGAGAAGCGAUUAAAUAUCACACGAUAUUUAAUUUUAACUUCCGUCUUCUUAACCGUCGCAUCUGUCGUGGCGAUAUUCGUUUUCGUCUUCUUCAAUGAUGAAACAGCACGUGGUGUAGCCACCAUCAUUAUCAUCGAAUGUUUUGCACUGAUAGCUGGCUGCAUCGCAAUGGCGAAUUUUAAAGAAUUCUUCACCAUCACAGGAGAAAUAUGGAAGAAAUAUGAAUCUGGCUACAUACUUGGUUGGAUAGCUUCCAGUUUACUCGGCGUCCCUAUUAUCUUUACCACAAUUCUUUUAAUUAUAAAGGUGACUCAUAAAGACAGAGUUGUACCACCGCGUAUAUAUACAUUUGAAGAAGACUACGAGGCCGUUAAAUAUGACGAAUACAUCAAAAAUAAGCCAAUUUCAGGCUCAUGGUGAAAUUUGUUUCGUAGGAAGUUUUUAAGAGAGAAUUUGUGAGAAGUGUUGUGAAAUAAGAAAACCCGCGAACGCAAUUAAAAUCCACAAAAUAUUUUGAGCAUUUUUGGAAAUACAGAUCUUGAAUUUUAAACCUGCAAAAGUCAAUUUUUGGAAAUUAAAUUCCGUUAGAAAUUUAAACUUGGAAGUUAGUUAUAAAGAUUUUAAUACACGCCUUGUAAAACUUUUAUAAAUUUUAUAUAAAUAGUCGUUAGCCCGUGGAGAAAUCCACGGGUUCGAUCGUCCUUUUUAUACUUGCGCAGCUAAGCUACUAUUUUGCGUGACAGACGGACAGACGUAUACGGGUAUGAUAAUAUAGACUAGACGUUAGUUCGUGAAAAAAUGCACGGGGUCGCCCGUCCUUUAUAUAUCGCAUUUC